AUGGCUGUAACCACAACGCCCACCGAGGAGCUUGUGGAGCGGAUUGGAGUGUUGGAAAAUCUGCUCAGGGACCACAUCGCCCACUGGGAAUUACCGCCUCCAGACGACGCCCCACCACUACCUAUGUCCGCCGACCCUUCUUCUGCCCUUCACACCCCACCUAGUGAUGGUGUUCAAGCAGAUUAUCCUCCCGUCGGUCGUCUUCUCACGACUGGCUCUGGACACACGCGAUAUCAACCCUUUCACUCUACCUGGGAUUCGGCUAUCGUUGGAUCUGGUGGUGGUGCCAUGACCUCCAACGAGGACGGUAUCGAUGACCCCCUUGGUCAAGCUUUCAACCAGCCCAUGGAAGACCUCAUUUCGCCGCUACCACCUGUCUCUCAAUCCCUACUCUAUGCCGUGCUAAGCGUUUCCGUCACAAGCCUGAAUGAAGACAGUCCGCUUCUGAAAGAUUUGGGCCGCCGUAACGACGUUUCGAAGAAUAUCACCACCCUCUCAACCCGAUACAGAGCUGCAGCCUUCAGAUGUCUGCAGACAGACCAGUAUCUCUUCCGGCAGACGCUCUACACGCUCCAAGCACUGAUACUCAUGAGUUACGGCAUCAGCCACACCCACGGCGACGUCUGGUCUCUCCUGGGAACGGCCUACCACAUGGCUCUCGGGCUCGGGUGCCAUGUUGACCCUGACCACUUCGGUCUCGACGCCCUGGAAUGCGAAAACCGACGCCGGUGCUGGGUGGGCCUCAUGAUGCUAUACACCAUCCAAGGCAUAUCUUGUGGAAACAUCCACCGGCGCCAGAUCACUUCAACCGUGCGCUUGCCCGCCAACGUCAACGAUGAAGAACUCACUGCCGACAUGAUCGCACCGCCCCUCGAGUCCCCCAGAGCGACUGAGAUGACGUACAUGCUCUUCAAGUACCGCCUGUACGAGGUCUGCUCGCGCAUCUGCGAGGCCGUCAUGGAUGCUACCACCGGCCUAUCACCGGACGUCAUCGCCAGCCUGGAGACAGACAUCCAGCACGAGCGCGAGAUAUGGAGUAGACGCUACGCCCGUGAUCGCCAUCGACCGGAAGACCUUCCGGUGCUCCAGCAGUUGCAACUGCACAUACUCGACGGCUACAGCCACCAGCUCAUGCUCCUACUACACCGUCCGUUCUUCGUCGCCGCAAAUGCCGCCGCCACUGCUUGCCUCUCGGGGGAGCAAGUGGAUGCAUCGCGGAAGAAGUGCAUCGAAGCCGCUCGCGCGGAGCUGGAGCUGCACAGGACGCUGCAUCAGUCCCCGACCUUCGCGCCGUAUAAAUGGUACAGCAGGGGCAUAGCCAGCUUUCAUGCUUUCCAUGCUGCUGUUGUCCUCGUUACGAUCAUGGCCUCUUCCGCUUCUUCUACUAUCAGUAACGGUACGCCUGGAAUCAGGGCUGGCUCGCAGCAACAAUACCAAGAGCUGCUGCAGCUUAUAACAUCGGCUGUUCAAAGAUUCGAGGAAAUGGCACCGCAGAGCCGUUUCUGUGCCAAAGCGGCGCCGGCGUUGAGUAACCUUGUCAGCUCAGUACAAGCCCAGCACGUUUCCGUCGAGCUGGUGGGCGGUAGUUGUGGUGGCCACGACAACAGGAAUUGGUCUGGUGUGGCGCCCCCGCUGGUGAACGCUCUUAUGGACAAUCUACAGCCGCAGUAUUGGCUCACCCCGUCUUCGGUUCCCUGGGGGAUCUGGGACGAUGUCAUAGGAAAUCCGAACGCAGAGAGCGGGUUCAAUCUGGUGUAA